AGAUUAACCCACCUCUGCACGGCAGAGAGGAAACAAGGCGGGCAGCGAUGAAGUGGUUGCGUUUUUCGCUCCUCGUAUUGGGGGUUUUCUCGCUGUGUUACGCCACAACUGGCGACAGUAGUGGCGUGAAGAAGAUGAAGAUGCAAUUUGCCACGGGACCUCUUCUCAAAUUCCAAAUCUGCAUUUCCUGAGGGUACAAGCGGGUGUUUGAGGAGUAUACGCAGGCCUUGUACCAGCGGUACCCAGACAUCCGCAUUGAAGGGGAGAAUUAUCUUCCUAUGCCCGCAUAUCGACACAUUGCCUCCUUCCUUUCUGUGUUCAAACUGCUGGUGAUUGGGCUGAUUAUUAUUGGCAAGGACCCAUUUGCCCUCUUUGGUAUGCAAGCCCCAGGGAUCUGGGAGUGGGGGCAGGCAAAUAAGAUAUAUGCCUGCAUGAUGGUCUUCUUCUUCAGCAAUAUGGUUGAAAACCAGUUAAUGUCAACAGGAGCAUUUGAAAUCACAUUAAACGAUGUACCAGUGUGGUCAAAAUUGGAGUCAGGUCACCUGCCCUCCAUGCAGCAGCUUGUGCAAAUCUUGGACAACGAGAUGAAGAUGAAUGUUCACAUGAACACAAGACCUCACCACCACUCUUAACCCUACUUUUGAAUUCCUGGCUGGAGCUGAAAGCCACUCCAUGUUUGAGGAGGGCUUCUCACUGGACUGUGAGGUGAUGUUUAUGAAUGUCUGUGCUGAAGGCAGGAAGACUGCUAGCACAGACUGGAUGCCCCCCAUCACUCUUCACUAUGUUCCUCAGAGAUGUCCUGCCCCUGACGCCAGAGUGGGAUCCACGGCAACAGUGCUGGCCCAACUGCUAUUUUCUUUUACUGUUCAUAUUACUGCAGAUUUCAUCCAGGCAAUUAGUGGUCCAGUAUGGAGCGAUUUAACACGGAUCAUUGUAGUCUUUAACUUGUUGCAUAUAAUUGAUCUAUGUGAAUAUAAACAUCCUGUCAUUUAUAUCACUGAGCCAUACGUAGAAUUCAAAGUUUAUAAAAGUAGUUACCCAUGUAGAAAAUGCAACACUUAAAAUUUGUCUUCAUUGUUGUGAAAAUAACAUUUGGAAAAUGUGUGUUGGGAUGAUUUCAGAAUAAUUUUUAUAUUUACAUACCUUGGAGAAAGAUAAGAAAAUUAAUAAAACCUAUUGUAACUAUUUAACUGUAAA